CGUCCUGUCCACAGAUACUGUCAUGGCGGUUCAUUAUAUUGCAUAGAAAAAUAAGAUCAUUUCAUAUCAGAUAGCAAAAGGCGAAUAACUUAGUAAUCUGUGCCUUUAUAUAAACCCUUAAAUAAAAAUGUUCUAUUGCUCAUUUGUAAGCAUACAUUAUAUUAUCUGUGAAUGUGGGGAUACUUUCCCGACUGAAGACGCGUUAAAAGAACAUUUGGAAAAGGAGCAUAAUCAAAAAUUAGACGUCGAGAAACAUGAAGAAUUCUCCUGCGCAACAUGCGAAAAGGUCUUCCCUACGGAGAAGGCUUGUGUCAUCCACCAGCGUAUCCACACCUUGCCCGAAAUACAAGACAAGGAAGAGAGUGAUAUUGACGAUGUUGAUUGGAAUGAAGUGAAACAAGAGAGAGAACUAGUGAAAAGAGAUAGAGAAGUGAGACGGGAGAAAGAGAAGCGUCAGAAGAAAAAUGUUGUGAAAGAUUACUUCAACUCAAAGAAUGUUGUCUGUGAAGUUUGCGGGAAGAGAUAUGCGUCCAACGCAGCGUUACGUUACCAUCAGCGCGUCCACACCGGAGAGAGGCCAUAUCACUGCACAGAGUGUCCCAAGACAUUCACAAUGCCGCUCUUCCUACAGAUCCACUUGCGAACACAUACUGGAGAGAGGCCUUACAAAUGUACCAGCUGUCCAAAAGCCUUCAGCAACAAGGCAGCGCUUCUCAGACAUGAUCGGGUCCACACCGGUAUAAAACCUUACAUGUGCCCCCACUGCAAGAAAACAUUCACACAAUCAAACUCAAUGAAGUUGCACGUCAAGACAGUACAUCUGAAGAUGCCAGCUCCAUACAAGAGUAAGAAUAGGCGGAACAAAUCCAGAGAAAUGAAGAUAAUCCAAGCACAAGAUGUAGAUACAUACCAACAGGAAAUAAAGAUAGAAUUGCAGCCUGAAAUUAAAGCUGAAAUAAUUGAAUAUGAAGAAGGUGAUGUCCUUGUGGAAGGCAAUCAGGAACAAAUGGCGCAUUUCUAUUUCCAAGACGGUGAAGUGUUCCACGAGGUGUUCCAAGAUAAUUUGUAUCAUGAAGAAAUUGUUGAAAAUCCAGAAAAUAAUCUGUAUAAAUUGGAAAAACCCGAAGAGUUGUAUGAAGAGGUUUACGAAGUUGAAUUGUGAAUAUUAUUUAUGGGUUUUUGUAGUGUUUAUUGUGAUUACUAUGAUAUAAAUGGUCUACAGACAGGAAAACAAAGUCAUCUUAUUGAUUCCGUUUGUUCCUUUCGAAGUAUGGAACUCCUAAAGAACCUUUAUAAUGGAAAUUUGGAUUAAAAUACAUUCAAAUAUUACUAAUAUUAUAAAUGCGAAUGUUUAGAUGGAUGAUUCAAAGUAUCUUCGGAAUGGCUUAACGGGAUUUGAUGAAAGGCACAAGUGCUUUUAAUUCCGCGCAGACGAAGUCGCGGGAUACAGUUAGUAUUGAAGGUUCAUAAAUUUUUGUAAGGGACACUUACGUUGCUCUUUUAAUUUAAAAGUGAAGAAUUUAGAAACUUUUUAAAAUUGCUGAAAAUUCUUGUAUAAAACAUAUGUUAAUUUGUCAUUAAUGCAGUUAAAAGGAUUAAUUAUAUUAUAGUAAGUCUAAAUAGAAAGAUAUAGAGAAACUAGAGUACAAUGAACCACAGGAUUUUUCUCGCUUAUAAAAGAUUCUCUAUAACAUGAGUUUCUCGCUAAUCCAGGUUGACUAUAUUUUUAGUAGAAUAUUGGAUUCCAAUUCUAACUUUUAGCCAAAUAACUCAAUUUAUACUCGAAAAACUAUUAAAUUAAAAAAUAUUUGUGCUAAAACAUUUUUUCUCACAUACCUAGAAAUUUUGCUAUCCCUUUAUAUUACUUUAUAAUGCAAUUAUCCUAAAAAUGGUAAAAUAUUAUAAAAGUUGUAUUUUGAGUUGCCUCUGUUUACUUCAUUUUUGGUUUCCGAGACAAAAAUACUUGUUUAAAACAUCUCUUCUCAUUAUCAAGGAUAUUGGCCUCUGAAACCUAUGGUUAGGAUAUAGUCGGGUUUUUUUUAAGUAUAAAAACCUUGUUAAUUUUCAAUUAUUUAUAGAAAAAUUACAAAAAAAACUCUGAAAGUCUGUAAGUCAGUAGAUUUUGUAAAAUAGUUUUAAUUUUUAAAAAUGAAUUGUUUUGCGUUUAUUUUAAAAGAUAAAGGUCU